UCUUCCAUAUUUUAAUAGUUAACACAUUUUAUAGAAAAAUUACUUAAUCUUCCUUUCUAACCUUCACGUAUAUUCAUUAUCGGCCGAAGUUUAUUUUAUUUUGUAAUAUUAAAACUAUUAAGGAUGUUCGAAGCACAUAGUAUUAAUGCCGAGCAUAAAGACUUGAUACAUGAUAUCGCUUACGAUUUUUACGGGCAGCGAAUGGCAACAUGUUCUAGUGAUCAGUUUGUAAAAGUGUGGGAUGAAGAUGAACAUGGAAAUUGGCAUUUAACUGCAUCUUGGAAAGCACACAGUGGGUCUGUGUGGAAAGUAACAUGGGCACAUCCAGAGUUUGGUCAAGUUCUUGCAACAUGUUCAUUUGAUAGAACAGCAGCUGUGUGGGAAGAAAUAGUUGGAGAAGGAUCAGGACCAGAAGAGCGUGGCAUGAGGCAUUGGGUUAGGAGAACCAACUUAGUAGAUUCCAGAAAAUCUGUAACAGAUGUGAAAUUUGCACCUAAAACUUUAGGACUUCUGUUAGCUACUUGUAGUGAAGAUGGAGUAAUUAGAAUAUAUGAAGCCCCUGAUGUUAUGAAUCUAAGUCAAUGGACUUUACAGCAUGACAUUAGUUGUAAACUGCAAUGUAGUUGCCUUUCGUGGAACCCAUCCCUUUCAAGGUUACAUCCCCCAAUGAUAGCAGUUGGAAGUGAUGACCAAAAUCUAUCAUCUGGAGGAAAAGUUUUUAUAUAUGAAUAUUCUGAAACCAGCAGAAGAUGGGCAAAAACAGAAACACUGAACAUUAAUGAUCCUAUUCAUGAUAUUUCCUUUGCUCCAAAUUUAGGUAGACGUUUUCACACAUUGGCUAUUGCUUCAAAAGAUGUACGAAUAAUUACAUUAAAACCUAUGCUGGAUAGUGUGCAAAGUGGUUCUCCACGUUUUGAGAUCACGGCUGCGCAGUUUUCUGAUCAUGAUUCUACUGUGUGGCGAGUUUGUUGGAACAUUAUGGGAACUAUUUUGGCAAGUUCGGGAGACGAUGGUUGCGUUCGAUUAUGGAAAGAUAAUUACAUUAACAAUUGGAAAUGCGUUGCUGUUUUAAAAGGUGAUGGUACCUCUGCACAAAGUGCUGAAACUCCAACAGCAGCCACACCACCUAAUCAUACAACAGGAACACAACAAACACUUUCUACAACAAGAGCAGUAACUAUAGCAACAGUCACUGCAGAGAAGCCUACAGUUACAGUUAUGUGCAGCAAUAAAUGGCAAACACCCGUGAUAAAAGGUCGUUUUAGUAAAUCCGUGUGGUUGGGAAAUCCUAGUGAACCAACCCCACCACCGCCUCCAAUUUUAGAGUGCCCAAAAGCAAGAAAGUAA